AUGUGGGAUCCGUCGAAUGAGUUUGAAGUUGGAAUGAUAUUCCCUUCUAGAGAAGCUGUCCAAAAAGCUGCCAAAGAAUAUCAUUUACUUAGGCACAAUGAGUUUUGUUAUGAAGAGACAAAGAGCAGAACAUAUGCUAUCAGGUGCAAAGAUAGAAAGAGCAAUUGUAAGUGGAGAAUGCGUGCGUCUCGUUGGGAAGGAUCUGAUAUAUGGAAAGUUACUAGAUAUAACGGACUCCAUACAUGUGUUAAUCCAUCAAUCUCACAAGACCAUAAGCAAUUGGAUAGCAGAUUUAUAUUUGAUUUCAUCCUUGCAAUUGUACGAGAACAACCAAAUGUGAAGAUAUCUGCAUUGCAAGCAGAAAUCAAAGAUAAGGUUGGAUAUAUGCCGAGUUAUCGGAAGACAUGGAAGGCUAGACACGAUGCAAUUGUGAAGAUCUUUGGUGGUUGGGAGGAAUCUUUUACAAGAUUGCGGCAAUUCAUGCUUGCUUUGUGCAAACACAGCCCUAAUUCUGCAUUUUUAAUUGAAGAUGACCCUCUAUUUGUUAAUAAUAAAUUACAACUCGAUUAUCGGGUUUUCAACAGAAUGUUUUGGGCAUUGAAACAAACAAUUGAAGGUUUCAAGCACUGUCGCCCUAUUAUUUUCAUAGCCUCAACAUUUUUAUAUGGAAAGUACAAAGGGUGUUUAUUUUGUGCUCCAGCAUUGGACGACAGGCAUAUUGGCAUUAAAAAGGCAAUGCAGCAAGAUUGGUGGCGGCCUCCUGAUGGACAUCAUCGAUAUUAUUUAAGACACAUAUUGAGCAAUUAUAACACGAAGUUCAAAAAUACUGACAUGAAAGAAGCUCUUCGAAAGGCAGUGAAUUUGAAGUUUGGAAGGGUACAUCUGGGAAGAAGCACAUUGUCAGACUUCAUGAAAGGACAUGCACGUGUGGAAAGUUUCAAGAGAUACGCAUUCCAUGUUCCCAUGUCAUAG